AAACAUGAAACAAUCCCUUUUUAGUUUGUUCGUGACCCACCCUAUCCAAAGGAGAUUCUAUCCAAACCAUACCCAAAGAAAUAUGAAAGCCUUGCAUUCUUGCAAUACGAUGGAACGAAAGACAAUGUUGUGGAGCAUGUCAGCAAGUUCCUUGAUGCCAUGGGGGCUUAUGCCGGUGAUGGAGAUUUGUGCCUACGUGAGUUCUCAAAGUCUCUCUCUGAUAGAGCUUAUACAUGCACUACCACCACCUAUUCCUCUCACUGUCAAAGAACUUGACAUGCUCUUAGAUCUUUGGAUUGCUGAUGAUGCCAUCACACUACCUCAAGUGCAUCGCAAGCCCAGCAAUGAUGACAAACUCAACCCCAAGUACUGUUGCUACCAUCGCUUGGUCCACCAUGCGACCAUGGACUGUUUUUCCUUGAGAAGGAUGUAUCAUCAACGGGUUUUAGAAGGACUGUUAGAAGUGCUGAACAGAAGACAGAGGGUGGAUGAAGAUCCUUUCCCACACCAUAACCAAGGUGUUGUCAAUGUUCUCACUCAUGUGGAGAGCGUUGGAGCAAGCGAGCCAAUAGUUGAAUUCCCUGAUGAUACGCCCAACUUCUCUGAUGAAGAGCCACAGAAGCCAUAUUCUCCAUCGCUAAUGAGACUGGAGAAGAAUGCCUCAACAUUGAAACACAUGCCAGCCACGCUUAUCUUGAAUCUUCCAAUGCCGGUCAUCUUAAUGGAAAAGGUUUUCUGCAUCUCUGCCAACCCGUUGCCAUUUGAUCAAACUAAGACCCACUUUGCUGAAGCUGCUUUUUAUGAUGAAUUCACUCUUCUGGCGAACAUAAGAGGUAGAAGGAGGCAACAAAGACCGUCCAAGCACGUCCAAAGUGCACUCGAAUUGUCCUUCCCGACGGGAGAAUCAAGUAUACUUGAUGAUGGCCCCAUCACCAUUAGUGUAGCCAUGUCUUUGGAUCGUCUAUUCUUCACUUUGGAGAGAGAUAAUUCGAUUGCUAAUCAUCUAAUACCACCAAGCAAGUUGCCAACCCUCCAUGAAGCUCAACCGACACUCAUUUCUCUGAAGUCCCUCGAGGCUAUUGAUCUUAGAGAUAAUCCAAUGAACCCCAGGCAUGUACAUAUUAACACCACUCUUUCUACGAAUGAAAGAACCAAAAUGGUUCAUCUGAAUGUAUUCACUUGGAACUAUGAUGAAAUGCCAAGGCUUGAUCCAACCUUGGUGGCACAUUCUUUGAAUGUUGAUCCUAGUAUAAAGCCAGUUGUGCAGCCAAAUCGCACCUUCCAUCCAAAGGUUACUUUGAAAAUUAAAGAAGAGGUUGAGAAGCUCUUAGCUGCAGGAUUCAUCAAACCAACAAAGAAGUUGACUUGGCUGGCCAAUGUUGUCCCAGUUCAAAAGAAGAAUGGGUAGAUUAGGUCUAACUAUGAAUCGAGUUGCCAUAGGUAAUUAUAUGAGUUAUCAUUGGCUUGCGCCAGAGAUAAGAGCACAAGUUGAAGCAAUAACUAUCAAUUGGGAUGCAGAACUUGACAAUAAUGAACUUGAACGAAUUCA